AUGCCAGCUGCCGCUCGAAGGCUGGGCUCCGAUGCCUCGCGCUACAACUACAGUUUCAAAGACGAGGCAAGUGGCCGUGGAGUACAUUUAGCGUACGACGUCGAGCUGAAUCAGGACGUUGAGAUUUUGCCUCUCCCGGAGGUCCAAGGUGUCAGUACCGUUCUUUGCUCAAAGACCGCCGUGCUAUCUGUGUCCCUUGCAAGCAAGAGCGCAAGGGAUGCGUUCGGAGCACGGCUUGCCAAGGUGGAGGGAAAGAGGCUGUUCCUAACUUCACCCAAUGUCAGGUCUUGUGGCCCAGGCGCUUUCCUUGGUUGGGUGCAAGAGGUAAAUCUCGUUCAGAAUGGCGUUGAGAUCGGCCACCUUGAUGCCAGCUACGAGGACGUCUUUAAGAAGGCUCACGUCGACUUCUCCACAAGUCUCGCCAGCCAGCCUGGUGAAGGCUUCCAGGCUGAAGUGGUGCCUUCUGUGGAUACGGAGGGAAGCCAUGGGCGGCGGCUUUUCUUCGGUUCCUGGAAUCCUCUCGCAAGCGUUUGGAGAGCUGCAAAAAGCUUUGCGUCAACUGUCGUGUCGGGGGUGACGCUUGUCGUCAGGGUCGUUGAUGUCGCGAUGAACGGGGGCACCUUCGAGUACCCCGAGGGAUUACAAGAAGGCGAACCGCAGGAGUUCACGCUUCUCUCGAUGGGCUGCACCGGAAGCAUCACCAGGGAGGAAGGCAUCAAGAGCGGCGUGCUGGAGGUGAUAGCAGAGGCCGAGCUCACCGCUUCGCUUGGCUUCAGCCUCUCUGUCGAGAACAUGGCCGUGAAGGAAGCCGGGGUCUCCGUCGGCGGUCAACUGCAGCUUACAGCAGAGGCUUCCGGAACCGGAUCCCUGGAGUGGAAUUAUGAAAAACUGAUCUUCACCUUUCGGUCGCCCACCGUCCAAUUCCUCAUCGGGGGCCUCUACGUGACCAUUGAUGUGGAGGCACCCGUGAAUGUGGGGUUCGAGGCGAAGUACGAGGGCAGUAUCAAGAUGCGCAAGACCAUGACUGGCGGGCUGAACUUUGAGUACAAGUACCGGCCUCAAAGUGACAGCGUGCAUCAGCGCAGCUUCACACCCACCUUCACGGCUGAGUCGUCGGUGGAAGUUGAGUCGGGUGCCAGCAUCACUUUGUACACGAAGGUUGCUCCAACUGUGUCGAUUUGGAAGAUCUUCUCGGUGUCGGUUCCCAUGAAACCAUAUCAUCUGGCCGCCAUGGACUUUCUGAAGUCUCCUGACGACGACUGCUUCCUGAAGAAAUACAUCGGGCUAGAUGUGGAUCUCACCUUCCGGGCCAAGGGCAUCGCAGAGGUGAACUUCCCGAAUGUUCUGGCCAAGCAGUGGCCCUGGGAACCCAGCCAGGCCGAAUGUGAGGAGAGUCGGCGCUUGAUGGAUUCCCCCCCACUCCGAGGGCUCACAGAAACGAGCUUGGUGGGCCGAAUGUGGCAGGGAACUGUGGAACCGGUCCCCUGUGCUUUCGGAGCGACCCCCGUCUACGGCAGUGGCCAAGUGCAGCUCCAGCUUGUGGAGGAGCGGGACGACGACACGCAGGUUCUGAUGGGCGCCAUAAACCUGGGUGCCGCCUCCUGGGGAGGCCGGUCUCUCCAAGGGGGUGGUCAAUGCUCCAUCACCGUGAAGUUCGUCUUCGAUCCGACCUCGAGGAUCCUGGCUCCAGAUCCCAGCGAGGACCUCUGA